AUGGACAUGGAUUGUCCGGGAGUCGCGGCGGAGUUCGGCAGGGUUCAGGAGCCUGCAGCGGACGACAACGAGGACAAUAGAAAUCGGAACGAAGACGACGAAGACGGGGAGGAGACGGGCGACGAUUUCGAGCUGCACGACGGACCGAUUAACAAUGACGGCGGAGGCAUCUCCGUGGGAGGGCCCGGGUGGGAGGCGUUCCUACCGCAGGGUAGUUUGAGGGUUUUGCUGGUCGAAGAUGACGACUCCACCCGCCACGUCGUCGGCGCGCUGCUGAGAAACUUCACUCCAGCAUCCAACGGCGUGCACGCGUGGGAGCUGCUGACGGCGAGCGGUGCAGCUCGGUUCGACCUGGUGCUGACGGACGUGGUGAUGCCGGGGCUGUCGGGCAUCGGGCUGCUCACGCGCAUCAUGACGCGCGAGGCUCUCCGCGGCAUGCCCGUCAUCAUGAUGUCAUCACACGACAGCAUGGAGAUGGUGCUAAAGUGUUUCCAGAAGGGCGCGGCGGACUUCCUUGUGAAGCCCGUGCGCAAGAACGAGCUCAAGAACCUCUGGCAGCACGUCUGGCGCCGAUGCCACUCGUCUACGGGCAGCGGCAGUGGCAGCGGCAGCGGCACGAACGGCAAGGUGCUACGAGAGAAGCGGGGCGCGUACGAGGGCGACGGAGUGGGGUGCAGCUUCAACGUGAACGGCGGCAGCGACAACGGCAGUGGCACUCAGGUUCGUAUCGGCCCCCGUGCUGCUGCUGGGAACGAUGCUGGGAACGAUGCUGGGAACGAUGCUGGGAGUGAUACCGAGAGGGAUGCUGGGAGGGAUGAUAGCAGGGACGCCGGCAGUCGCACAUGCUCGCCUCCAUUUCUGCACCAUUGGCUUGCACCCAUGCCUGCCCUCUUCCACCAAUACUUGCCCUCCCCUUCCCCCUUCCCUCACUUCUCCCCCCACCGCUUCCACCGCACCCCCCCACCCCAUUCGGCCCCUCCUCUUUUUUUCUCGCUCUCGUUUCGUCUGCUCGCACUCGUGUGUGCUGUCCUUCUAAACUCAUGUGCUCUCCUCUUCUCCUGCGCGCGCGUCUCUCACGGCAACAGCACCAGGCGGCACCAUGGAGGGGGAGGAGGGGGCGGCAUGCAAGCGUCAGGGGAAGGUUCGACUAUUAAGAGGCCUGACGAGUUGGUGUACGACGGGGGAGGCGGAGGCGGGGGAGGGUUGGGGGGAGGAGGUGGAGGGGGCGGGGGAGGGGGAGCAGGCGCGGAUGCGUCCCGGCACGUGCUGACAGCUCCGCUCAGGUCGGCGCAGCUGCAGGAGGAGGAUGCGCGCGGGGGAGUGGAGGGCGGGAGGCACGCGGAGAGGAGGGGCGUGGCAGAGAUUGGGGGCGCGACGAGUUGGCGCAUGAGGGGAGGGGAGGAAGAGGAGGAGGAGCAGAGGGAGAUGGAGAAGGAGAGGGAGCGGCGGUUGGAGCACGCGAGGCAAGCGACUCAUGGCGGACGUGGCUCCGCUGCUGAAGCGGCGGCGGCGGCGCUGGCGGCGGCUACAGCCGCUGCUGCCGAUGGCGUUGUUGCUGCUGCCACAGCCGCCGCUGCAGCCUGCGCUACAGCCGGCGCUACAGGCGCGGCGGCUACAGCCGCGGAGCACCAUCUGGUGUCGGGCGCGCGCGUGACGACGGCGCCAACGCUGGCGUCGGAGGAGGCGGCGCUGCAGAUCGGCAACGAGAGCGAGGGCGCGUCGCCGCGCGCGGAGGAGGACCGCGAGAACGAGGGCACGUCCGCCGAGUCCACGCGCGAGGCGUCCGCAGAGGCCAUGCUGCUGGGGGGGCUCACGCUCGCGGGGAAAGCUGGCGCGCCGGACGCCGCUGCCGCCGCCGCUGCUACGGGCGCGGUUGUGGCUGGUCUCGUACCUGCUGCAGAAGGGGUUCCGAACCAAGGCGCCGACAGGCUUGGUGGCGUUGGGAGCGGUGCUGCGCGGUGGGGCAGAGUGGGGGGAGGGAGGGGGAGAUGCAAGGGGGUGGCGGAAAAGGUAAUGCCCGGGGAGGCGGAGAUACGGGACGAUGGAGGGGGCGGGGCGGCGCGGAGGGGCGCGGAUAAAGAUGGCGCCGCAUGCACCGGACCGAGCAGGAGAGUGGUUGAGGGGCGGAUGAUUCUCGAGACGGCGCAAGAAGGGCGGGCAGGGGAGGACGUGGAGAUGGGGGAGGGGGACGAGGAAGAGAGGGGUGUGAGAGAGGGCGGAGAAGGGAGGGAGGAGGAGGAGAAGAGACGCGGCUAUCACACGGUCGGCCCGACGAUCAUUCCAGCAGCCAAUCACAGCCUGCCACCUGGACCACCGUCAGCUGCUCUGCCAUCUGGCACAGCCGCAGCAGCUGCCGCCGCGGGCGCAGCAGCGCAGCGCGCGGGCGCACAUCCGCCGCCCCCAUUCGCGCACCAACCGCCGUGCGACCUGUUGCCACACGCGCAUGUCCUGGCAAGCGCACGCAGCGCCGUCCCAUCCGCGCAUGCCCCGCACGCGCCUAUCAUCCGCCCCCCUGACCGCCACGGUUCCGCCACGCAGCAGCAUCUGGCGGCGCAGCACGAGCAUGAGGCGUCGGGCAACGUCUCCUCCGCGCUCACGGCGUCGCACGGCGUGCUCCUCGCUGGCGCGCAGCCCAUGCGCGCAGCUGCUGCUGGCGCGCAUGGGAAGGGCGUGAAAGCGGCGCACGUGGCGCACGCCGGGGCGCCUGGGGCGCACAGAGGGGGGAAAGGGGCGCAAGCAGGCAGGGUCGUUGGCUUUUGUGACGCCAUGGCGGAAGGCCUUGGGCAGAAAGACGCGCGCGCGUUCCCCCUCAUGCCAGGGGCGAUGGACGCUGCUGCUGCUGCUGCUGCUGUCCGCGUGGUCCCAGCUUUCCCCGCCGCCCCUGUUUGCGCUGCGCCUCCUGCUGCUAGCGGCACACCUGGCGCGCUCUCGCACUCCCCCGCGGAUACGCGGGGCGGGGGGCUGCUGCUCAGCACCUCUGGUUGCCCUGGGGGGAGAGAGGGCGGGGGAAGCGGCGGAGGGGGAAGCGGGGGUGGGGGAAGCGGAGGAGGAGGGAGCGGGGGAGGGGGUAGUGGGGGAGGAAGCAGAGGGGAGGGUGGUAGUGGUGGGGGAGGCAGUGGGGGCAACGGAAGCGGUGGUGGGGGGAAUGGCAGUGGGGGGAAUGGGAGUGGGGGGAACGGGAGCGGGGGCAACGGGAGUGGGGGGAACGGGAGGACGGAUCGGUCUGGUGCUGGUGAGUUGACCGAGGCAACAGCAGCGUCAGUGACGGGAGGUAUAACGGGGGGAGGUCACACCCACCGCAAUGGCAGCACCUCUGCUGUCACUCGCCUCCCUCUUGCCCCUUCCGCCCCAACCGCCCCUGCUCCCCCUACCGUUCCUGUUGCCCCUGCUUCCGGCCCUGCUGUUCCCACUGCCCCUUCGGCACCUGCUGCUGCUGCUACUCCUGCGGCUCCCACCCCUGGAGCCCCUACCGUUCCUUUCGCCCCGGCUGCUGUCGCUCCUCCUGCUCCGCCUGCUGCUGCCACCGCGGCAGCCACAGCAGCAGCGGCUGCUGCGGGGUUGUUCGCUCGCCCGUUCGACCCGAGUCUAGCAGCAACUGGGAUGUACCUGCAAUCGCCGCUCUACUAUGCGGCUGCUGCUGCAGCAGCGGCGGCAGCUGCGGCGGUGGCAGCAGGGGUGCCUCCCCUGUGGACUUGCCCCCCUCCUCCCCCCACCGCUCAGCGGCCCACUCAACCGCAGCUGCAACAGCAGCAGCAGCAUCAGACGCCGCUGCCGCAGCUAUUGCCGCAAGGCCAGGCUGGGUCUCGAGGGGAGGAACCAGACGAGUUAAAGCCAGGGGCGCCGGAGCGAGAGCAGCAAGAGCAGCAGCAGGUGCAGGAGGAGCAGAGGCAAGAGCAACCAAAAGAAGCGAGGAGAGAAGGGAGGAGAGACGGGAAGGACGAAAGGGCGAGAGGAGAAAAGGAGCAGGGAGAACGGAUGAUGUAUUUGGAUGGUGCAGCGGGGGCUCAGGGGAAAGAGGAGAGGCGAGAAGGAGGAGGAGCGGGUGCAGGAGGGAAGAUUAAGAAUGGUGGGAAGGAAGGGGGGGCGGAGAUGGCCUGUUUGGAGAGCAAGACUCCUGCGUCGCCCAGAGGUAUCGGGGAACCUGUGAAAGCGGUGCAGAGAGCACAGCGGCAGGAGAGCCAUGGGAAGGUGCGUGUGUCAUCCACAGAAGCUUUGCACUGGGUGGAGGAGUCUAAGGCGCUGCAGGAGCAGGUGCAGCAGGGACAGCAGGGACAGCAGGGGCAGCGGCAUCACCAUCACCACCAGCGGCACCACCACCAUCACCGCCACCACCAUCGCGGGCACUCGCACCCGUCCUUACAGCAGCAGCAUAGUGUGAGUGUCAUGUCUCCUGCUAACCCUUGCGCCGCUGCUGCCGCCGCCGCCGCCGCCGCUGCUGGUGGUGCUGCUGAUGCGGCAGCAGCAGCUGCUGCAGAGGAUGCGAAGAUGAAUGGGAACGCUAGUGGGAGUCCGGAGGGGGGAGGUUCCAACCCUCACAACGCUGCUGCUGCCGCAGGGGUGGCAGGCGCAGCAGCAGCAGCGGGCGCAGGUCCGGUAGCUCUUUCGGGGCACCACCGAGCCUCGGCCGCAGCUGCGGCUGCCGUGCCUCGAGGCGAGGUUGGGAACGAUGGGAGCAGCAACGUGUACGCGAAGGUCGGGGGUGGCGGCGGCGGCGGUGGUGGCUGCGGCGGCGGUGGCGGAGGGGGAAGGAACGCGCGGGAAGGAGUUAACAACAGCAGCAGCAGCGGGGGGGACGGUAACGGGGAUGGGAAUGGAAGCUCGGAGUAUAAUGAAAGUGGGGACACGGGGAGGGACAUGGCGGGCAGCGCUCGCGCAGGGAGCGGCGGGCGGAGUGGCAGUGGGCAAGGGUCGGGCGGAGGGGGGAGCGGACAGGGGAGUGGCGGAGGCAGCGGAGGCGGGAGGGGAAGCGGGGGCAGCGGAGGCAGUGGGGGGAGUAAGCGCGGGGAUGCAAGCGCGAAUGGGGCGCAUGAGUGGAGCAGAACGGGGGGAGGCGCGGGGGGCGGGGGGGGGAUUCAGGCGCUGUUGUCUUGCGCCAAUGGCAGUGCGGUGGGGUCUAAGGACCAGGCGCAUGACACUGCGGGCAUGACAGGCGCGGGCGGACGCUUCCAGUCCCCCCAACGGGGUAACGGCGGAGGGGGGAGCGGAGGGGAGGGAGGUACUGGCGCGGGGAAUGGGAUUGAAGGGAUGGGGAGUGGGGGAGAAGGCGGAACGGGGGGCAGGGGUGGGGAAGGCAGUGGUGGGGAUGGGGGAGGGAGUGGGGGAGGAGGGGGCUCGGGAAGAGGAAGUGAUGGGGGAGAGGGGAGUGGGGGGGAGGGAAGCGGAGGGGACGGGGGAACAGGGGGGCAGGCAAUGGGGAUGGGUGGCGGGGGGGCGGAUGAGGGGAGGAGGCAGUCAGGGGGACAGUCAGUGAGGCGGGAGGGGAAUGCCAUGGACGGGGAGGAUGGCGGAGAGGGGGACAGGGAUGGCGGAGAGAGGAACAGAGAUGGUUCCGUUCCCACCACUGCCACUGUCGCCGCCGCUGUAGGCGCUGGAGUUAACGGGGAGGCUCAAAGGGGGAUGGAGGGGAUGAGGGAGAGAGGGAGGGGGAGUGCGUCGGAAGCAACAGAGGCGUUGGAUGUGGCAGCGAGGGAUUUGAGAGGAGAAGGGAGCGGUGGCGAGGCAGAGGGGGCGGAGGGCAGUGUUGGGCGAGAGGAGGGUGGUGCUGCGUGUGCGGGUGGUGUGGGUGAUGUGGGUGGUGCCGCGGGUGUGGUGGGGCGGAAACGAGGCAGAGAGGAGGAGGCAUGGAGUGAGGACAUGGCAGUGAUGGUUGGAAGGGAGUUGGGAGGCAAGAGCAGCAAGAGGCGCGAGUGGCUCACUGAGGGGAUAGUGGCAGCAGGAGAGGCAGAGCGGAUACAGGCGCAACAGCAGGAGCAGCAACAGGAGCAGCACGGUCAAGUGGAAGAGGAGGAGGAUGAGAGGUGUGAGGGUGCAGAUGUGCACAUGAGAGGCGGUCCUCAGGAGAUGCGGCAGGAGGAGGAUGGGGAGGAGACGGAGGAUGAGAAGGAAGUGGAGGAUGGUGGCGAGGAGCAUGGGGUAGGCAGGAGGGAGGAGGCGGGACAGGAAGAGGGAGCAGCAGGGCUGCUGUCGUUAUCCGCCUCUCUCGCUGCACCCGCUAUGCCUUCCCCUGCACCUCCCGCACCUGCUGCUGCCGCUGCUGUUGCAAGCCCGGUGGGAGACGUAGCUGAAGGGGCAGAUGGGGGAGGGGAGCAAUCAGUGUGUAGGGCGGGAGGGGUGGAAGGUGCAUACGGUGUAGAGGAAGCAGGAGGUGCAGAGGGGGCAGAGGGCAGUGGAGGGGUGAUGAGUCGGCAGGCGGUGCGGGAGGCGGCACUCAAUAAGUUCCGGCUGAAGCGCAAAGAGAGGAACUUUGAGAAGGUGCGGUACCAGAGUCGCAAGCGACUGGCAGAGCAGCGGCCGCGCUUCAGAGGCCAGUUUGUCCGCCAGCCCGCCCUCCCUCCCACUCCGCCUCCUCCCGCUGGGCCCACUCCUCUUGCUGCUCCCACCGCACUGCAGCAGCGCCUGCCUCUCCCACCCGGCACCACUCCUUCCGUCCACGCGGGGAGGAACCAUGGCAGCAUGCCAUUACCCGUGCAGAUUCCCUUGAUGCACACGCCAGGAGUGGCAGGAGUGCAUGUUCCAGGGAUGAUGGCAGCAGCAGCAGCAGGCAGCAACCUCGACCGAACCAUGCAGUUCUUCCCUAUCACCCCGUGCCCUGCUGUCGCCACCGCCCCUUCCAUUGCCACUGCUCCCCCCUCGGCUCCUCUGCCUCUUGCCCUGAGCAGCCACGGUCAGGAGAGGGUAUUUAUGAGCCACAGCAACGGCAUCAGCAUCGGGAGUUUCGGCGCGAUUGGAAGCGCGAGUGCGGGUGGGAGUGGGAGUGGGAGUGCGAAUGCGAGUGGGAGUGCAAGUGGGAUGGUUCCUGAGAGCAGUUACAGUGCAGCAGUGGUGGAUAUGAGCUAUGGUGCGGCCGUUGCUGAUAUCAACGGCCCUGAUUCGUCCGGUGGCAUGCCUGCUGCUGCCUUCCUUGCUGCGGCUCCCUCUUCUGCUGUCGCUGCUGUUGUUGAGGAGGGUGUUGGAGGCUUGGGAAAGAGGGCGACGGUGGUGUGCGUGGACAACUCCGAGUGGAUGCGUGCGACGGUGGUGUGCGUGGACAACUCCGAGUGGAUGCGGAAUGGCGACUACGCGCCGUCGCGCUUCCAGGCGCAGGCCGACGCGAUUAAUCUCAUCUGCGGCGCCAAGACGCAGUCGAACCCUGAGAACACGGUGGGCAUUCUGACGAUGGCGGGUAAGGGCGUGCGUGUGCUCGUCACCCCCACCGCCGACCUCGGGAAGAUCCUCUCCACCAUGCACGGUUUGGAGGUGGGGGGCGACACGAAUCUGCUGUCAGGGCUGCAGGUGGCUCAGCUGGCGCUGAAGCACCGGCAGAACAAGAACCAGCGCCAACGCAUCGUGCUCUUUAUUGGCAGCCCAGUGGCAGCGGAUGUGGAAACGUUGGUGAAGGCGGGGAAGAGGCUGAAGAAGAACAACGUGGCGCUGGACGUGGUGAGCUUCGGGUGGGACGGCGAGGACGAGGAGAAGCAGGCCAAGCUCGAGGCGCUGCUGGGAGCCGUCAACAGCAAUGACAACUCGCACCUCCUGCACGUGCCGCCCGGCCCUGCUGUGCUCUCCGACGUGCUCAUCAGCUCCCCUGUAUUCACAGGAGACGGGGAGGGCGGAAGCGGGUUCGCAGCAGCAGCAGCAGCAGGGGCAGCAGCAGCAGCGGCAGCAGGGGGCGGGGGACUGGGGGGCGACUUUGACUUUGGCGUUGACCCCAGCGUUGACCCGGAGCUCGCCCUCGCCCUGCGCGUGUCCAUGGAGGAGGAGAGAGCCCGCCAGGAGGCUGCUGCUCGCAAGGCAGCUGCUGAGCAACAGACUGGUGCUGCUGGUGCUGAGGGUGCUGAGGGUGCUGGGGGGAGUGGAGGGGAGGGUGGGGCGUCGGGAGAGGGGGCGAAGGGGGAUGUGGCGAUGGGGGAGGGGGAGAAGAAGGCGGAGGAGGGGCGCGCCACUGCUGCUCCUGCUGCUGCUGACGUUGCUAUGGUGAGUGGUGGCGUGAUGGACUGUGGGGACGACGAAACAGCGCUGCUGCAGCAAGCACUGGCCAUGUCAAUGGCAGCAGGGGCAGCAGGCGGGGCGGGAGAUGCUGCCAUGCUGGAUGCCGCUGCUGGAGGGGAGGAUGCUGAGCUGGCACUCGCCCUGCAGCUGUCAAUGCAGGAGGCAGCGGAGGAAGGCAAGAAGGAGGCUGCAGCAGCAGCAGCAGGGGCAUCGGGUGAAGCACCAGCAGCAGCAGGGGCAGCGGCGGCGCCUGGAGAUGUGGACAUGAGUCAAGUGUUGGGCGAUGCUUCCUUUGUCAACUCCAUUCUCUCCUCGCUGCCAGGCGUGGAUCCCAAUGACCCCUCCGUGCGGGACGUGCUUGCCUCACUCGCGCCCUCCCAGCCCCCCAAGGAUUCGGAAGAGAAGCCAAAGGAGGACAAGUGA